UCUCUCUCUCUCUCAUCAUCGUUAUUCUACUUCCAGCUUAAGAUCUUCCCUGCUGCAAUUUGCUGUUGGGGGCUUUUAAUGUUAUAGAUACAAGGAUUUGUCUUCGAUUCCCACAUAAACCCCAUCCACCAUUGAAGAAGCGACUUCUUGAUUGAAAUUGGGGUUUCUUCGUUUUGAUUGUUUUUGCAAGAUGAAGAUGAAGAUGAAUAUGAGGCUCAGAAAGCCGGUUAUGGCGUUUCUUUUCUUGACAGUUCUUGCCCCCAUUGUGCUUUACACUGAUAAACUAUCAACCUUUUCUACGGAUGAAUUCUUUCAGGAACCUUCAUCACUUCUACCAUCGAAUCCGGAUGCCACAGCCCUAAAUUUUCUUCUUCCUCAGGAGUCAUCCACAUCGCUAAAAGAACCUAUGCGACUUGUUUAUUCUGAAAAUUCCACUCAAUCUGAUACCGAAAAGUCCAGAAGAACAAGACAGCUAAAUGAAGAAUCCAAGGGGAUCGAUACGAAUGUUACUGGGGAUAAUCAGAUCAAUCCCAUCAGGCAAGUUACUGCUAAUCAUGAGGCGAAUGAAGAAUCAGCAGCUGUACAAAAGAAAAGUGAAAAGUUAAAGGUGCCUGAUUUGGAACAAAAACAAGAACAAGCAGUUGAAGUUUCUCUGAAAGUAAAUGAAAGAAAACCUGCAAAUCACAGAAACAGAAAUGAGAAAAGGAAGCAAGAUCAAGAAGAAGUUUUGGGUGAUGUUCGUGUACGUCAUCUUAAGGAUCAGUUGAUCAUGGCGAGAGUUUACCUUUCACUUUCAGCAACAAGGACGAAUACCCAAUUUAACAGAGAACUCCGUAUACGUAUGAAGGAUGUAGAAAAACUACUCGUUGAUGCAACUAAUGACUCUCAACUCCCUAACAAUGCUAAUGAGAAGCUGAAAGCAAUGGAGCAAACAUUGCUGAAAGGAAGGAGAAUACAAGACGAGUGCAGUGUUGAUGCGAAAAAAUUGCGUGGGAUUAUUCACUCAACGGAACAACAACUGAGAGUCGAAGAAAAACAGACUUUGUUUUUGACUCAUUUGACUGCUAAAACUGUUCCUAAAGGUCUCCAUUGUCUCCCCUUACGCCUUUCAGCCGAUUACUACUCAUUAAAUGCUUCCUCUCAGCAAUUCCCAAAUCAAGACAAAUUACAAGACCCAAACCUCUUCCACUAUGCGUUGUUUUCGGAUAACGUCUUAGCAACUGCAGUCGUUGUUAAUUCCACUAUUUCUAGCUCAAAGGAUUCUUCAAAACACGUGUUCCACAUUGUGACCGAUAAGCUAAACUACGCAGCAAUGAGGAUGUGGUUUCUUGCAAAUCCACCAUGGAAUGCGACGAUUGAGGUCCAAAAUGUGGACGAAUUCACAUGGCUAAAUGCAAGCUACAGCCCGGUUCUCAAACAGUUGGGGUCUCAAAAAAUGAUUGAUUAUUAUUUCAAAACGAAAACGACGGAGUUGGAUUCCAAUCUGAAAUUCCGAAACCCAAAGUAUCUAUCCAUCAUGAAUCAUCUUCGGUUUUACCUUCCCGAGAUGUUUCCAAAGCUUAAUAAAGUGGUGUUUUUGGAUGAUGAUAUUGUGGUUCAAAAGGAUCUGACCGGAUUGUGGGGUGUGGAUAUGAAAGGGAAGGUGAAUGGGGCUGUUGAAACGUGUGGGGAAAGUUUUCAUCGCUUUGAUCGCUACCUUAAUUUCUCCAAUCCUUUGAUUGCUAAGAAUUUUAAUCCUCGUGCGUGUGGAUGGGCAUACGGAAUGAAUCUAUUUGAUUUGGAACAAUGGAAAAACCAAAAUAUUACCGACAUUUACCACUCGUGGCAAAAUUUGAACUCAGAGAGGGAGCUAUGGAAAUUGGGAACACUGCCACCUGGAUUGAUAACGUUUUAUGGGAGAGUAUUUCCAUUAGAGAGAUCAUGGCAUGUAUUGGGGCUUGGGUAUAACCCAAAUGUCAGCCAAAAGGAGAUUGAAAGAGCAGCCGUGAUUCACUACAAUGGGAAUUUGAAACCAUGGCUGGAAAUAGGGAUUCCAAAGUUCCGAGGUUAUUGGAGUAGAAACAGGUUUUUUGUUGAAGAAUGUGAAUACUGGUUUUUCACAAUCAUAAAAAGCACAUGCAUGGGAUGA